AUGAAGAAAUUCAUUGCUUGUCAACCUGUUAUCACUUUUAUUCUGGUUAAUCUGGUACUACCAGUCCCAGAUGCAGCAUUUGGAGAUCCAAGAGCUCAGAUAGUUUAUAUGGUCUGUGGGAAACAAUUUACUCACAACACCUCCAUCUCUAUCACGACCUUUGUCGACACAAUGGAAAAAAUAAGCCCGCAAAUGCAAACCUCGGGAUAUGGUAUGGCAGUAACGAGCUCAGGACCCGACACUAAUUAUGCACUAGCAGACUGCUAUGGUGAUCUUUCUUUACAUGAAUGUGCGUUAUGCUAUGCUGAAGCACGCGCUAUUCUUCCUCAGUGCUUUCCUUCCAACGGUGGAAGGAUUUUCCUCGAUGGCUGCUUCAUGAGAGCUGAGAAUUAUAGUUUCUUUCAAGAGUAUACUGGACCAAAUGAUAGGGUUCUCUGUGGUAAUAGAACGCAAAAAAACUCCGCAUUUCGGGUUUCUGUAAGGCAGGCUGUUGAAAAAGUAGUUUCAGCAGCGCCAAAAAACUAUUUCUAUGCACGAGCACAAGUCCCCGUGUCAGGGACAGCAAAUGAGUCGGCUUAUGUUCUUGUUGACUGCUGGAGGACACUUGGUGAUGAAUAUUGCAGAGCUUGUUUGGAGAAUGCAUCUGCAUCUAUCUUGGGAUGCUUGCCAUGGUCCGAGGGGAAAAUAACAAUCAUUAUAGUGGCUACUGUUAGUUCAAUAGCUGUUUUGGUUAUUGGAGCAGUCGUUGGAGUUUAUAUCUGGAAGCGCAGAACAAUACAGAAGAAGAAAAAAGGUGAUGCAGAGAAACUCGUGAAGCCCCUUUAUGAUAGCUGCUUGAACUUCAAAUAUUCCACACUUGAGAAGGCAACUGGUUCUUUUGAUGAAGCCAACAAGCUUGGGCAAGGGAGUGUUGCUAGGUGGAAGAGAAAUUGCUGUAAAGAGGCUUUUCUUUAA